AUGUACUCUACGCUACCAGAUAGACUCGCAGAAGAUUAUCGGCUCGCUGUUGCAGUAUCAGGUGUACAUGAUAACAGUAAACAAGAUAUGAACGUUAAUGCUAAUAUAAAUGUUGAAGGCAAUAGUUACGGUAACUCCAGCAAUUGUUUAAUAGUAUCACCAACGGGUCGCACGCCACAACGCUCUACAGUAACUCAGAGUAUUUCUCCUAUUCAUUUUAGAGAGAAUACUGUAGAUAUUUACGCAAAUGAUAUGAUGUACUUGCGUACAUUUGAUAAUGAACAAUCAGGAUUAUCUCGUGGAUUUCCUAGUCCUUUAGAGCAAAAGGCCGUUUCAGAAAGUCCUCAUUUUCAGCAUAGUUCACCCUCUCCUUUAGUGACUCAAUUACGUAAGUCUCUUGAAGAUUAUGCUGAAGAAGUUACCACACUUCGUAGGCGACUAGAUGAAGAGGAACGAGUUUGCAUGGAGAAAGAUCUUGCCCUAGUGGAGCUUGAGGAACGAAUGAUAAACAUGCGAGUUCGCAUGAUGGAGGCAUUAAGCAUUUAUCGUAAAAGUCAUUUCACAUAA